AUGCAGUCUCGCUAUGGUCGAGAAGAGUGUGGUGAUGAAGAACGUAGAGACCAGAAUGGUUGGUUCUUUGAGGAGCAAGAUGAUCCCAUGGACUUGGAUAGUCAACCCAUUCACCUCGGGAUGUAUGUGGAACCUCCCCGCAUGCUGGAGGCCGUCCGAAGGUAUAUGGAAAUACUGGAAGAGGCACGUCGUGCGGAUGCACGGCAAUCACCUAGUCAUCAGUGUCUAUGUCUGGAGGUUGUAGGGGCUGUCCGGGAUGGACUUGUCUCCGUGCAACCAGGGUUACUUUUGCUGUCCACGGCUCGGGAGCCGGCAGUGAGAGUGGGCUCGACGGAGUUGGCUUCGCUCCUGCAUAAUGCUUCAGUAACUGAUUUCACUCGUGACUGUGCUUGCGUGCUGGAUAUGCUACGGGAGUAUGUGCUAGCACAAGCUGCCGCUAGCCAAGCGGGCAAGAACGUGUUAUGUCCGAUCCUGCUUCAAGAGGCUCUACAGAUGCUUUUUGUCAAGGAGAGCGGCGUGCAGUCUGUGAAAGCAGAGGAUAUGUAUAGAAUGCUCAGCGUGCUUCCGACACGUGUCGCCGGACGACCUGUCGAGGUGGAGUGGUUGACGAGCCAGAGACGGAGGAUGCGUACGGCGCUUUGCUAG